CUGAAGUGACACCAGGAAGUAGUAAAAAGGGGUUCUCAUUAGCUGUAUUAGCAGAAAUUAUGCUCAUUUAAUGUCGUAAGGGGUUAAUGUCAUGUAGAGCAGAUGAUUGGACUCUGUGUCGGGGAGGAGGAGCACAUUGCAUCAUUUACAGAGAAAUGAAACUGUGGUAAACACAGUUGAGUUUUUCCAUUUGCAUACAAAGACAGACAGACGGCAGAGCACCGAGAAGACAUGGCCACAGCCUCCAGUUUCCUGUCUGAAGAUCAGUUCCUGUGUUCCAUCUGUCUGGAUGUCUUCACCGAGCCUGUUUCUAUUCCAUGUGGACACAACUACUGCAAGGCCUGUAUCACCAGGCACUGGGAGGGAAGAGAGCAGUGUCAGUGUCCACUGUGCAACGAGAAGUUCGACAAAGGGCUCAAACUUCGUGUCAACACCGGAUUCAGGGAGGUCGUGGAGAAUUACAAAGAGCAUCAGGCGUUAGCCGACAAGAAUCCCCCAGUCGAACCAGGACAGGUGCAGUGCGACUGCUGCCUUAACAACAAGUUCAAAGCCUCUGAAACCUGUUUGGUGUGCUUGACAUCUUAUUGUGAGACACACCUAGAGCCUCAUCUGAGAGUUGCAGCCUUAAAGAGGCACAAACUGACCAAUCCUGUGCAUAACCUGGAAGACCAAAUAUGCAAGAAACACAACAGGAUGUUGGAGCUCUUCUGCAGGAAUGACCAGACGUGUGCUUGUGCCCUGUGUACGGAGCAUAGCGCUCAUGAUACGAUUCCUUUAGAGGGGGCGUGGGUAGACAAGAGGGCUCAGAAGGGGAAGAAAAGAGCGGAAGUAAAGGAAAUGAAACAUAAGCGAGGAAAGAGGGCUCAGAAGACAAAAAUGGCAGCGCAGACCAGGAGGAAAGGCAAAGCGCCUCUCGUUUGGUGGAUUCCACACCAAUUCAACAGAUAUAACUAUGUUCCUGGGGACUUAUCUAAAGGGAGUUUCUACCAUGAGGUUCAGGCUGAAGGGAGCUUGGGUUUAAGGGUAGACAGAGAGUCGAUGCGUGGGAUGAGGACAUUCAUACCCACGAAUGAAAACUGGCUCAUAAGGUUGGGAUCUGACACAUACUGCAACUCUCCAGAUAUCCAUAUCCACUACUUGCCGAUAAGGGAGCCUGAGAGAGUCCUUGUGUUGGUAGACUACGACAAUAGAUCGGUGUCCUUCUUUGACACAGACACUAUGAUCCAUGCCUUCACUUUCAACGACUUCAAAUUCAACGAGAUUAUUUAUAUAUUCUACAGACCCGGGCCUACAGAGGAUGACAGCUGGGCUCAGAGACUGCGAAUGACAGUUCAUAAGAUAAAAGCGUGGUCACAACUUCCAGAUACAAUACUCUUUCGUUGCAUGGCUAUCUUUCUCUUUGCAUUAGCUUUUUGUAUUGUUUUAAGGGAAAAGUUUGAAGGGGGAUCUAUUAGCAGAAAUGGAACAUAAUAUUCAUGUUUUCAU